AUGGUCAGUCUUACCGCCAUCUCCAGGCAUGAAGAUUCAGACUCCGAACGGAGGUCAGAUGCUCCCUUUGUGGUCCCAGACACCGUCAGCAAGUGCCUCUACUCCGGGAUGGGGAUCACUGGCAACUCCGACCUGGGCAUCUACUCCAAACUGGGCUGGGCAGCUAUGGCAGGCUACACCUGCUGGUGGGACACACGUCAUGUGGGGAGGUAG